AGAUGCACCCACUGGGCCUAUGUAAUAACAAUGAUGAAGAAGACUUGUAUGAAUAUGGCUGGGUAGGAGUGGUGAAGCUGGAACAGCCAGAAUUGGACCCGAAACCAUGUCUCACUGUUCUGGGCAAGGCCAAGCGAGCAGUGCAGCGGGGAGCCACUGCAGUCAUCUUUGACGUGUCUGAAAACCCAGAAGCUAUCGAUCAGCUAAACCAGGGCUCGGAAGACCCGCUCAAGAGGCCGGUGGUAUAUGUGAAGGGCGCAGAUGCCAUCAAGCUGAUGAACAUCGUCAACAAGCAGAAAGUAGCUCGAGCAAGGAUUCAGCACCGCCCCCCUCGACAACCCACAGAGUACUUCGACAUGGGGAUUUUCCUGGCUUUCUUUGUCGUGGUCUCCUUGGUCUGCCUCAUCCUCCUUGUCAAAAUCAAGCUGAAGCAGAGACGCAGUCAGAAUUCCAUGAACAGGCUGGCUGUGCAGGCUCUGGAGAAGAUGGAAACCAGAAAGUUCAACUCUAAGAACAAGGGACGCCGGGAGGGGAGCUGUGGGGCUCUGGACACACUCAGCAGCAGCUCCACGUCUGACUGUGCCAUCUGCCUUGAGAAGUACAUCGACGGAGAGGAGCUGCGGGUUAUCCCUUGUACUCACCGCUUUCACAGGAAGUGCGUGGACCCAUGGCUGCUGCAGCACCACACCUGCCCCCACUGUCGGCACAACAUCAUAGAACAAAAGGGAAACCCAAGUACUGUGUGCAUGGAGACCAGCAACCUUGCACGCAGCCGGCAGCAGAGGGUGAUCUUGCCAGUGCACUACCCCGGCCGUGUGCACAGGACCAACGCCAUCCCAGCCUACCCUACAAGGACAAGCAUGGACUCCCACGGGAACCCUGUCACGCUGCUGACUGUGGACCGGCAUGGGGAACAGAGCCUCUAUUCACCACAGACCCCCACCUACAUCCGUAGCUACCCACCCCUCCACCUGGACCACACCCUGGCCCCUCACCGCUGCGGCCUGGAGCACCGGGCCUACUCACCAGCCCACCCCUUCCGCAGGCCCAAGUUCAGCGGCCGCAGCUUCUCCAAGGCAGCUUGCUUCUCCCAGUAUGAGACCAUGUACCAACACUACUACUUCCAGGGCCUCAGCUAUCCUGAGCAGGAGGGUCAGACUCCACCUAGCCUCGCUCCCAGGGGUCCAUCCCGUGCCUUUCCCCCAAGUGGCAGUGGCAGCCUGCUCUUCCCCACCGUGGUGCACGUGACCCCACCCUCCCACCUGGAGAGUGGUAGCACAUCCAGCUUCAGCUGUUACCAUGGCCACCGCUCGGUGUGCAGCGGCUACCUGGCUGAUUGCCCGGGCAGUGACAGCAGCAGCAGCAGCAGCAGCUCUGGCCAGUGUCACUGCUCCUCCAGCGACUCGGUGGUGGACUGCACUGAGGUCAGCAACCAGGGUGUGUACGGGAGCUGUUCAACCUUCCGGAGCUCCCUCAGCAGCGACUAUGACCCCUUCAUCUACCGCAGCCGGAGCCCCUGUCGCAUCAGUGACGUGGGCGGCUCAGGCAGCUCGGGCCAGGGGCCCAUCGUGCACCUAGAGGGCUCCCAGCCACCCGAGGAGCUCCCGGCAGCCCACAGUCAAGGUGCUGUGCGUGGAGAGCCUUGGCCAGGCCCUGCCUCUCCCUUGGGGGACCAGCUGUCCACCUGCAGCUUGGAGAUGAACUACAGCAGCAACUCCUCCCUGGAGCACAGGGGGCCCAACAGCUCUACCUCAGAAGUGGGGCUCGAGGCUUCUGGGGCUGCCCCAGACCUCAGGAGGACCUGGAAGGGGGGCCAUGAUGGGCCAUCGUGUGCCUACUGCUGUGAGCCCCAGUCCUCUGCACUGGAGCCCAGCGUAGGAGCAGCUGGGGGCAGCACCUUGUUCCUGGGUCCCCCCCUCUGUGAGGGCUGUGGCCCCACAGGUGCAGAGUCACAGCCAGGAAGCUCCCAGGGCCUGUACAGCCUUCACCCAGACCAUUUGCCCAGGACAGACGGGGUGAAAUAUGAGGGCCUGCCCUGCUGCUUCUAUGAAGAAAAGCAGGUGGCCCACAGUGGUGGAGGGGGCAGUGGCUGCUACACUGAGGACUGCUCCGUGAGUGUGCAGUACACACUUGCCCAGGAUCCUCCGCCCAGCUGCCACCCAGGGGCCCGGGACCUGAGCCAGCGCAUCCCCAUCAUUCCAGAGGAUGUGGACUGUGACUUGGGCCUGCCCUCGGACUGCCAAGGGACCCUUGGCCUCGGCCCUUGGGGUGGGACACUGGGCCCUGACUCCCUGAGUCCCCAUAGGGGCCUGGGAGGAGCCCAGGAAGAGGAGCGGGUUUUGUGCUGCCAGCCCAGGGCACCGCUGCUGCCUGGCUGCCCUCCAGAGAAGGCAAGGGCCACCAGGGUCAGCUUCCCCAGUGCCUCCCAGGACAUUCAGGAGUCCAGCACCACAGCCACUCAGGCUGCAGGACAGAGAUCUCGCACAGCAGACAGCAGUGGCAUGGGAGCCUGAGCCCAGAAGGAACUCUUGUGUGGAAAUGGGAACUAUACGGAGACUCCAAACUCUUGACUUCCUUCAGAAAAAAAAAAUUUUUUUAGCUUUGAUAAACACAAACGUGGUAAUAAAGAGAGCCCUCCUCAACCCAAAAUGUGAGCCCCCUGUGGCAACGCCCCCAUCCCCCUUAACAAAUCAACAGACAAAAUUCUCAAGUUUUUGACUCUUUUGAUAACAUGUUAUUCUUUUUUGUAAAGUGUGUGUGCUUGGGGUUCCGAGGUGUGUGGGAUUGAAUUCUCGGCUUUGUUUUUAAGAUAUUAUAUGUAAAUGUAAAAAGUUAUUUAAAUAUAUAUUUUAAAGAACCCUAACCGCCAACUUUUGCUGAAAAGAAAAAAAAUCACUGCUGCAUUAAUUGAAUCACAUCAUGUAUAGAUACUGUUGUCUCCCCAGAGGGAGCUCAGGCCUUUGAAAAGCUCAGGGCUACACCUGCCUUAGAAAAUGAACCAGAAACUUGAAGUAAAGCUAGUCGAUAUGGGUACAAACUCUAAGGAACAAUGCAAUGCUGCCUCUUUCUUUCUCAUGGCAAAUCCCAACAUACAGAAUUUCAGGUCUUCUCGGAAGCCAUGCUUCUCCAGCCAACACCUUUUAGGCAAGUGAUGGAAACAGCUGGGAAUAGUGUGGAAGGUCUGGGGAGCUGGGACAAGCCCCAGAAGCCCCAGGGUGACAGACAAGUCUGCCCCCCUGGAAUUAUCAUCCUAAGGUAUAGGACAGAGUUCACAGUCCUGAUAUUGGGCUUCCUGCAACUGGCUGCAGAAAUGGUUGAUGGGGUAUGUGGGGACGAACACCCAGGAGGAAUGUAGUUUGCGGCCUUGGUGUCUGAUUGGGCAGGGGACAGAGGGCAUGCAGGAACUGCUGCUUCCUUGGGCUGCCUUCCUGGGGGUGGUAGGACCCCAUCUGGUCUGCACCAAGCUUCAUUUGAAUGAUAAUGUUUCCCAUCCCAUUUCACUACAGAAGCACUGCUUCAGGGUCAUUCAGCCCUCUGCCUCGGGGCUGAAGUUUCUCAUCUCACCUGCAAAUGUCUACUAUCCUUUCUUCCUAAUGCACUAUUAUGUAUUGAUUCUCCAUGAGACAGAGAAAGAGACUAUCAGAUAGUUUAGACCCAAAGGGUAGGUUUUUAUAUAUUUUUCCAGCCUUUGGUGGUGGUUGCUUUUUUUUUUUUUUUUUUUGGGGGGAAAGUUUAAAAACCCAAACCAUUUUUUAAAAAGGUAUUUUCAUUUUAAAAGGGAGAAUCUAUUUAAAGCUAUUUCAGAUCAGGGAUUGUCAUUCUUUUUGUUUAAUGUAAUUCUUGUUCUUAAAAUUCUUUUUUAGAAGAAACUAAUCACUUUAGCCCUGUGUUCACUAAACUCUUCUGGUCACCUCUGUUUAUUCAUUUACUGGGCAGAUAUUUGGUGCCACCUGAAAGCUCAUUUGUGAAAUAGGAACCCUGGGAGCUGGCCCUCUGUGGGUGGGGAAAUAGAGACUACCCUGCAUUGCCAGGAGACUGAUGACUCCUAUCCAGUAAAGCACAGGGGGAGUCAGCCCAGGGUCCGGACCAGAACAUUUUGAAUGAAAAUCUCACUGUAUCAGAAUCUUUUUUUCUUAAAAACCCCAGUUCUGUGAUGAGGAAAUUUACUUAACUUCUAGCCAGGAUGUGACAGAAGGAAAUUCCAGUGUCAAAUGAUUGAGCCACUUGCCAUUUAGGAACUCACUGUGGUGAGAUUUGUCCUCCAGCCUCUGAGGUGCAGUCCCUCGGGAGCCGCUACCCCCAGGCCCGUGCCCAGCACACCUGUUGGCGAGGGUGUGAGAAGUGCCUAAGCUGUUGACAUGUGAUCUGGGCCGCCUUUAUUUCUCCAGCCAGGAGUAGCAGCUGCUGAGGACAACAGCUUGCAUUACAUGGUUUUGGGGAAAGGGGGUUGUGGGUAUGGCUUUUAACAUGAACUGCAAAAAGCAGCUUCUCAUUGUUGAGGUUUUUUUUGUUUGUGGUUUUGUUUGUUUUUAAUGUCUUUGAGUGCAUAUUAUCUUCCUCGUGAGAAACUAUACCCCCAAAGUGGCUUUCUUUAGCCUUAGCUGGAAAAUCACUCCUAAAUAGCCUUAAGCAAUAAAUAGAUGAGCAGAGAAUGUGGCUUCAACUGGGCUUAUUAAAAUAAUUUGUUAAGUUUUCAUUUAAAUGAACAAUAACUAGAGAUGACAAAAGAAGCACAUUUAAUGUUUGUAGUUUACAGGGUGGUAGAAACAGAAAAAUGAAAAUGUUAAAUUUUAAAUAUCAGUCAUUCUCUUAAAUUUGUGUUGGCUCAUCAGACAGGGAGGUCACCAGGAUAUAGUAACCAACUAUGUUAUUGCCGCACCAUUUAAAUCAAAAGAAAUGUCUUGUGAGGUUGUAAGACUCCAGUCAUUAUGACAAGUACCUUUUUCAGUGACCUCUCAGUAGUAUGUGAGGAUUUAUAGCUGUGGAAGCUGGGUGCAUCGCUUUUUCCAUUGAGAAGCCCCCCACAUACUGGAGUGUGACCGUGGGUGUGGCUCCAUGGCCCAGCCCUGGUGUGUGGGAUAGCCAUGCAAACUGAAGACUGCUAAAACCAGUUAAAUAGGGGUUUGGAGUUCUGAUCAACAAGGUACCUCUUUGUAGACACAGCCCCCGUAUGAUGGCUUUAACUCAAUCUCUUUUCCCCCUCUCAUCUGAACCCAAGCCAUUUUUUAAAGCCUCAUCUGCUGUCCCACCGCUCAGACCCUCCCUUUUGUGCUGCUAGUUUCUACUCAAAGUUCAUGCAGGACUAAUGCUUUUAAACUGAGGUCUAAAAAAUAAUUACUAAUCAAGAGUGUUAUUUUUUAAACAGAACCGCCUUUUUCUAUAUGUAAACUCUAUUGUGUUGGUCUAACAAGGCACUAUUUUAAAAUUUUUUUUUUUUUUUUAAUUUUCUCCCAUAGCACUUAAAAGAUAUUUUGUAAAGACUUUGCUGUAAAGAUUUUGUAAUAAAAUGGUCUAAGGGCUCCUUCUCCAACAUUACCAUUUUUAAAAAAUGUUUUAAAGGCUAGAAAACAACUUAUGUAUAUUCUGUAUAUGUAUAGCAGCACAUUUCAUUUAUGGAAAUAUGUUCUCAGAAUAUUUAUUUACUAAUAUAUUUAUCUUAAGCCAUGUCUUAUGUUGAGAGUGUGACAUUGUUGGAAUAAUCAUUGAAAAUGACUAACAUGAGGCCCUGUAAAUACAUGAUAAUUGCACACAAAUUUUACAUAUUUGCCGACCAAAAAUGAUUUAAAACAAGUUGUAGUCUUCUAUGGUUUUGUAACAAAUUGUACAAAUGACUGUAAAAAAAUACAAUUUUAUCAAGUA